AAGCACAUUGAUACCGGAGAUAGCCCUUCCCUUCGAAAAAACACGCGCCUCCCCGAAACCCUAACCCUAGCUCCAUCCAAUCCGCUUGCCCCCUCCUUCGAUCAUGUCGCACUUCGGCCGAUCCGGCCCGCCGGACAUCAGGGAUACCUACUCGCUUCUCGUUCUCAACAUCAGCUUCCGUACCACCGCGGAUGAUCUCUUCCCCCUCUUCGAUCGAUAUGGCAAGGUGGUUGACGUCUUCAUCCCAAGGGACCGUAGGACUGGGGAUUCGCGGGGAUUUGCAUUCGUGAGGUACAAGUAUGCUGAUGAGGCUCAGAAAGCCGUGGACAAGCUCGAUGGCAAGUUUAAUUAUAUUUUCAUUGCUCCUUUUUUUAUAAAAAAAUUAGUCUUGAUAUCUGUUGUUGUGCGGUUGAAAUUGGUAAUUUUACCAGAGAAAUUUCUGAUUCUUGCUCUUGUUCUGUUGAUAGGGCGAAAUGUUGAUGGUAGAAACAUUAUGGUUCAAUUUGCAAAAUAUGGGCCGAAUGCUGAACCUGUUCAUAAAGGAAGAAUUGUAGAGGUGCUCCCAAGGACAAGGGGCAGGUCAAGAAGCCGUAGCCCUAGGCCAAGAUACAGAGAUGGUUAUCGAGACAAAGUUUAUAGGAGGCGAAGCCGUAGUCGAAGCAGGGAGCGUCAUGAGCGUGACAGGUACCGUGAGAGAGAAAGGGAUUAUCGCCGUAGGAGCAGAAGCCGAAGUCUAAGUCCUGAUUAUUAUAGAGGCCAUGGUAGAAGGUCAGAUGGCGAUCGAAGGAGAAGCAGGAGCCGCUCUUUUGACAGUGUGUCACCUGAUCGGCAUAGCUAUAGCCCUCGAAGGAGUCCAACACCUCACAGGACUCCACCUCGUGAUAAAAGCCCUGACAAAGGUAACCAUGGCGAACGCUCCCCACCAUCACGAAGUGUUUCACCCCGUGGUCGACGUGCAGAUUCCCGGAGUCCAUCUCCACACAGUUCUGAUCAGGAUUGAUGGAUGAUUGGUUGGAGAUCCCCCCCGAGGCUCUGCCAUAGGAAUAUGCUAUAAAGGAGGAUCUUUAUGAACUGCUAUGAUAGUUUUUGUUACCCUGGACUCCUUUUUAAGGUUGCAAAAUUGUACUUUGCUGGUUUAUCAUGGUUCUAAACUAUGCUGUGCUUGUGGUGUUGAAGUAGUAGGUAGGCUGGUAGUGGUUGUUAGAAGUCUACUAUGUUCUAUAUGAACUUUUUGUACUGCAUAUCUCCUUUCUCCCUCUUUUUUAUAAACUUGUUUUAUGAUAAUUUAAUGUUAACUUCACUUAUGAUGGAC